GACGAAAGUUGGUCUAGGAAGUACAGACUAAACCCUCGCGUGAAACAAUACAUUUUAUCUAACAUGGAAAAAGUUGCUCUGGUGACAGGCGGUAAUCGUGGCAUUGGCUAUGCUAUUGUUAAGAGAUUGUGCAAAGAGUUUGAUGGAGUAGUUCUCUUUACUGCAAGGGAUGAGACUACUGGUUCAAAAAUCUGUGGUGAACUUAAUAAGGUAUUAAAUGUAACAAAUAUUCAGCACCAUCAACUCGAUAUCACAUCCCAGGACAGUAUCAACAAACUCUACACUCACGUUCAGAAGACAUUUGGGGGAUUGGACAUAUUGAUAAACAAUUCUGGUGUCUUGCUCAAGAAAACUGUGCCGUAUGUUGAAAGAGCUGAGACAACUAUAGAGACAAACUAUUUUGGAACACUGAACAUGUGUAAGAGCUUCUUCCCUCUCCUUCGACAUCAUUCCAGGGUGGUUAAUGUAUCCUCUGGGCUUGGAGACUUGCGUUGUGUUUCACCAGCACUGCGAAAGAAAUUUUCCUCCCCAAAUCUAACUGUUACAGAGAUUACAUCUCUCAUGGAAAAAUACAGGAGGGAUGCUAAGGAAGGGAAGGUGACAGAGAAUGGUUGGCCAGAUGAUUCUUCCUCAUUCACUCCAGCUUACAGUGUCUCCAAGAUAGGCGUAACAGCUUUGAGUAUGGUACAAGCAAGAGAAUUAAAAAAUGAUCAGCGUGAAGGAAUAUUGGUUAAUGCUGUCUGUCCUGGCUGGGUGCGAACUGACAUGGGUGGCCCUAAUGCAGAGCGAAGCCCAGAAGAAGGAGCAGACACUCCAGUUUAUUGUGCCCUUCUUCCCAAAGGAACAACAAGUCCUAAUGGAGAGUUUUUGCAAAACAGGAAAAUUGUCCCUUGGCUUGCAGUUCGUUGCCUAGACGAAGUACCCGGCUACGAGGAACGAAAGAACGACGUGGUGUUUUGCGGUUCAGACGCUCAACAACAUGUUGUAUUUUUCCCUGGUGAUGUUCAGGAUUAUGAAGAAAACAUGGAGAGUCACAGAGAUAAUAAGAAAUGGAAGCAGUGGAGUUUGGAAUCUACGGCGAAAAUAUUAGAAAGAAGAUUUCCAAAUAGCUUUGUAUGGGUCAUUCGUCCUUCAAGAUAUCAUCAGAGCACUUUCGCGUGUUAUCAUAACUUUGUUGAAGCUAACCUGCUCGGUGUCCCUGAUCAUACAAAUCACGAUUACGGAGCUUUGUUUCACUUAAGAGCAUUGCUGGAGUCUGCGGUGAAAAAGCUUUUAGAUGUCCCGAAAGAAGAGGAGGACCCCACGUUUGAUUUCCCGGUGAUUCUUGUUGGUUUUAGUAAGGGCUGUGUUGUUCUAAAUCAAAUUAUUUACGAGCUCUACAUGGUGUCCGCUGGAGUGGACUCACGUCUCAAUGAAUUUGCAUCGCGUAUUAGUGCCAUGUAUUGGUUGGACGGCGGCCAUAGUGGCGAGUCGAACCUGUGGGUAACAGAUGAAAAAUUUCUUUACCACCUGGCUACUCACGUGCCAAGAAUUCGUGUGCACGUGACGCCUUAUCAGAUCGGGGAAGAAACGCGGCCGUCGAUUAAAAAGGAGCUGAAGAAGUUUGAGGACAGUCUUCGUUCGCUUGGCGCGAAUAUCAAGGUCAAAUCUCAUUUUCAAGGCACGCAGCCAUAUCUCGCUUUCCACUUUAAACUUCUUGAAAGUUUUUAGUGGAAUUUGCAAAUUGAUUUGAAAUAUCUGGUUACUUAAACAGAACGACAAAAACUCCUGAAACAUCAGGUGAUGGUGAGAGUUAUUGAGUGUUUUUGAGAAGCUCCAGGGUUGAAAGAAAGAAUGGGAUUUGCACCGAAAAAAACAGAUACAGCAAAUGGGACCGGAAGAUAUCACAAGCGGAAAUAAUGGGUGUGAAAAUGAUGUCCUAUGAUCAGGAAACACUGCAGCCCCUCACUUGAACAAAGACACACCUACAGCUUAUUUUGAUACAACUAUUAAGCCAUUGAUAUUUCAAGUUGCGUUCACGUUGCAAUUACCCUGAAGGGCAUACACGUUCUAGAUUAAAACAUGUGACGAUUCUAAUCGAUAAAAGCAAAUGUUUUUCGGCGAAAUUGUAAAUAACAUUUGCUUAAGGAUUGCUGUGAGCCCCUCAGCACCCUGCUUUUUUUUUAUUUACUGAGGGUUAAUGGAGGGAGAUUUGAAAAUAAUCCAGGGAUAAGCAAAACAUGUAAACCUUGGCAACACAACCCUUUCACUCGUGUAAUUUUUGUGAUGAAGGCCGCAAGCGAGCCCUCGUUCCCAGUGUUUGAGCGACUGGCGAAGAUAUCGCCUUAG